AUGUCUCUUCGCUCCUGUCGGCCAUGCCAUACUUCGAAAAUCCGAUGCACCCGUGAAGUUCCUCAUUGCCAAACUUGCAUCAAGCGAGGUAAAUGCUCGAUGUGCGUCUAUGAAGCAAGCGUUCCAGACCGCAAAAGAGUGUCAGACCGGAAGCCUGCUCUUCCAGAGCCACAGCCAAAGCGGCAAUUGCAAAAGCAAGAACGAGCAUCUGGCGAGAAACACAUUCGAUGGAGAGCUAUCAAGCCGCAACCCGAACAGUCUUUGCGGCACAAAAAGAGAACAAAUGAAAGGAUGCAGCACGCCAUAGAACCUACAAAGGAAGUAGAUAACAAGGUUUUGGAUCAAAGGUAUUCUGGGAAGGACGGUUUGGCAGCUCAUGAGACGCCCCCAAAGAGUAUCGCGACUACAGUUGCGGAGAAAGCUUCGAUUUUCCAACCAGAAUAUGGCCGUGCAGGCGAUGAAGAUAUCCUUGAAUGGCCGCGAAGCAUAUCAGUAUCACAGCCAGCACAGCUCUAUGCACAGAUGACCCCUCCGACCUCUUUGCCUCCACGACCGAACUUCAAUCUUACAAUAUCCCAGAGACACAGUUGCGGCCCACAUACGACCCACCAAUUGUUGUUGGUAUUGAGCUACCUUUUCAUCUCUUCGAUGCUUCCCAUGGAUUUAGGGGCUCUGUGGAAGGUCAUAUGUCGCCGUGACCGUGACUGGGAAGAGAGCUUUGUCUUGCAGCACGGUCAGCUUCAAAGGUGGCUGAUCAGUGCGCGCAACGUUUUAACCAAGUCUGACGGGCUGCACACAGCCACAUUGGCAGACAUAGAGCUCCAAACAAGAUACAUUCUGUUCAUAAUUGGGCAAUAUACAUCCCCUCACUCGAGUUUUCUCGCUGAAAGCUUCCAAAGCGAGCACCCUCCGUACCGGCCGUUUGGGGCGAGGGCAAGCAUCGCGCUAAUUUGUCUUGUCUUUGAGGGCAUUCGGGUUGAUGAAAUGGAAGGAUACGAAUCAAAGGAAAUAUGGACACGCGACAAAACUUUCCUGAUAAUGAUGGCAUCCCGGCUAAAGGAAUCGCCGUUGUUUGGCCCGGAAGUUUCAAUGCUCCAUUUGCAGUCUAUGAUAUCAAGCCUUCAGAAGGCUUUCCAGUGUGAAGAAAUUCGGGUUUCCAGCACGAAGUUCCGGGCUUUGAGGAUUGAAAGCCAGUUAGAAGUGUUGGGAUAUUAUCGACGAGCAUUUCUGGCUUUCGACCCAACACUAUUGCCAAAGAUUUUGGCCUCAUUGAGCAAAGCUGAGGAUAUCACUUACAGCACUGGGCAGAACCAGCUUACCAAUAUGGAGAGGUGCUUGGACAGAACUAAUUUGGCUUUGCGGCUGGCCAAAAUUUUCACUUCACUUGCGCUAGAUCGUUUGGAUGCUGCUUUCCAAACUAUCCGCGAGAUUCAACAGUCAAAAGCUGAUAAAGUCGUCGCUAUGGAGAUGAUGCAUGUCAAGUCAUUCGAAGAAGCAUACAAGUUGAACAGAAUUGCCCACCAUUAUUCGUGUUUUUCAUGUUUCACCCUGAAACUGAGAGCGGUUAUCGGAAACCCAAUAUACCUCUUUUAA